UGAGGAUAAUCUACUUAUAUGUGAACCUAGUAUAACUCCGGUUGAAAAAUUUUACCAUGUCAAUCAAAAGUCCCGUGGGGAAGCCAAAUACUACAUUUACAUUGAGCCCAAAUGCGUCAUGCCCUAAACAGAAUUGCAGUGGAUAGCGGGUUACGGGCUGACGGGUGGCGAACAGCUGACCCAUUCCAGGAGGGAAAAUUCGGACGGGUAAACACAAUUGCGACGGAACGGUUUUUAGUUGACAUUUUGUGGUUUAACAAUAAAAUCAAUUUUGUAGUACAAUCUUUUCGUUUGCUUUUCGUUUGUGUGUACGUGCAAAAAUGUCCAAUAUUCAAAGACUUUUGCGGAUAAUUAAAAUUAUGUACAUAAUGAGCACAAUGUACGAGAUGUACAUGGAGGCGAGCAAGUGGUUGAAAAGGAGGUGGUGGGUGCGUCCUGCGAACCUCACCAGCAAUGAGUUUGGGUUCCAUGGAACAUGUUUUCAACAACUGAAGCUGGAGGACGAGGAGCACUUUUUCAAAGCCACUAGGAUGAGUUUUCCCAAAUUUCAAACUCUUUUGACUUUGAUAAACGAGAGACUCGCGCGUUUUUCGAGAAGAGAGACAAUUUACGAUACUUGCAAUGCCUUAUGUACAGAACUGCAUGACGUCUACGUCGCUCAGCCCAAUGAGCAUGAAUGGAAAAAAAUAUCAGACAGGUUUUACUUGAAAACGGGAAUGUCAAAUUGUGUUGGAGCGGUCGAUGGCAAGCAUAUAAAAAUAGUUUGUCCAGCACGCAGCGGAUCGUUGUUUUACAAUUAUAAAAAAACGUAUAGUAUCGUUCUAAUGGCAGCCUGCGAUUCCAACUACACGUUUACUUGUGUGGACGUGGGUGCGAUGGGAAGCGAGAGUGAUGGUGGAAUUUUUUCACGUAGUGCAUUUGGAAAAUUGAUUUUAAGAGGAUACCUUAAUAUUCCGCCAGAUAAUGCAAUUCCUGGAACAGAAACAACUUUCCAAUAUUAUUUCGUGGGAGAUAAUGCAUUCCCACUGAAGCACAACUUGAUGCGUCCAUAUCCUGGCCGGAACUUAUCAGCUAUAAAGGACAACUUCAACAAAAAAUUAUCUCGUGCUCGUGUGCAUAUUGAAAAUUCAUUUGGAAUUUUGAUUAGCAGGUGGAGAGUUCUACACACGAAUAUUCACGGAGCACCAAACAAUGUGGAUAAAAUUGUGUUAGCGACAAUUGUACUGCAUAAUUAUCUAAUGCUCGAUAGGGAGAGUGGAUAUUUCAAUGACGAGCUCGUGGACCACCUGGAAAAUGGUGUUCAUGUGCCAGGGACUUGGAGGGAAUCCCACGCUGGGCUGCCUUCCUGCAGAAUCGCACUAGCGAAUCGGUCAUGUGCAGAUGCAUUUAGGAGCAGAGACGCACUGGCCGAUAUACUGUUUAAUAAUUGAGGUAAGAUUAACUAUUCCCCUUUAUUAAAGUUGCGAUAAUACUUAAUAUAUUUAAUUUAAACAGGACGCCGCAUCUGAUUUGUUGCUAAACGUGUCUUCAGUGUUGGAACUUUUACCACUGUGCUAUAAAUUUUAUUAAAAUUCUAUUUUAUUUCUUUUCUAUUUGCUUUAAAAUUUAAUUUAACUUCAAAUUCAAUUUAUUACAUAUUCAUCAACUUCUGGACAAAUAAAUAUGUAAUUACAGCCGGUGAUUUUGAGAUAACUUUUAUUUUGACCGUAUCACAUGGAAGAAAGUGCAUAAUACGGUCAACAAAAAAAUAUUUGGAGAAAAUUAAUGACCAUUAUCAUUAUCGUUUUGUAACGGGCGGUACAUCAAAAUUUACUAAUUUUUAUAAAUAAGGCAAUAACUACACUGCCGGAACAAAGUAUUG